AUGCCGCGUUGCCUGAUAGCGAAGAAAUGGAAGGCCUAUCCCUGGCUGGAUCGGUCCGAGGACAAUACACAACAGUCGCAGGAACAGCAGCAGCAUCAGCAGCAGCAGCAGCAGCAGCAAAAUGCCACAAAUACAUCGACUACUUCCAGAGAUGAAGAUCUAUCGCAUCUCAAAUCGCGUCGCUCCACCCUCGACGAUGACGAGGAGAUCGAUGUUGUGGGCGAUAAAUUUCUGACCAAGUUGGAAAAACAACGCACAACCAUUGCCUCAGUAGCAGCAACAGCAGCAGGAGCCACCGCCGCAGAAGCCACAAAUAACAGCAACAGCAACAGCAGCAACAGCAACAGCAACAACAGCAACGAGAGCACAACAGCAACAGUGACAGCAACAACCACGACAUCGGCCAAGUGCUGGGGUCCAAGCUCCCCCACGGCGGGCACCACGGCGCCCAGUCCGCCACCCCACUCGCCGGAGGCGGCGACGCGAGUGGCCAGCAAUGUUUACAACGGCUACACCCGCGAACUGUCCCCGCUGCACUACACCGCGUACCUGCCCCGAAUGGAGAGCGAGAUCACCGUCAUCCGUGCCGCGGCCACAGCCCUGGUGGCAGCCGCCUCCGGCAACGGAAGCAGUCCCGCCGGAGAUCAGCAUCUGGCCUCGUACCAGACACCGCCGUCGUCCACCACAUCGUCGCCCUCGUGCUCGCCCAGCGGCGCUGGCGAUCGGAUGGUGGACCGCUACAGUCCGCACAUCAAGAUGGAAACCGGCCAGACAUCGAGUGAGCGCAAGUGCUUCAGCAGCACGGGAGCCACACUGUCGCUGCCCCCCAAGAAGAAGGACAUUUACCGGCCGUACUCGCUGGACGACAAGCCGACGCAUGGCUACCGCAAGCGGAUCCCGGCCGAGGAGGACCUGCACGCGGCCCAUGCCAUAUUGGACCUGAGCGCCUCGACCGCCUUCCAUCCGCCCACGCAGCCACACCAGCUGCAGCAGCAGCAGCAGCAACAGCAACAGCAGCAGCAUCAACAGCAUCAACAGCAUCAACAGCAUCAUCAACAGCAUUCGCAUCACUUGCCCCUGCAGCAGCAGCAGCAGCAGCAGCACGCUCUGGUCCACAACCACUCCCACUCCGCGUCCUUCGAGGCGCAUGCGCAUCUACGGAGCACGUCAUCGAUUGCCGAAUUGGCUGCUGCAGCCAGCGCGGUGAACGAACAACGCCCCUCGAGCAACGCCUCGAGUGCCAGCUCCCAGCACGCGAUGCCCAGCAGCCCGGCCAGCAGCAGCCACGGGAGCAUCCUCAGCUGCAGCGGCAGCGGCAGUGGCAGCAGCGUGCAAAACGAGAACAGCAACACGACCAACACGAACCAGGACUGCGACGGCGGGUCGGUGGACGGGGAGGCGGGCGGCACGCAGGCGGCCAAGACGGUGGCCUACACCUACGAGGCCUUCUUCGUGAGCGACGGCCGCUCCAAGCGGAAGCAUGUGGCAGAUCCGGCCGCCGUGGUGGUGCAGGACCAGCAGAAGACCAAGUACACCUGCUCCGAGUGCGGCAAGCAGUACGCCACAUCAAGCAACCUGUCGCGCCACAAGCAGACGCACCGCUCCCUGGACUCACAGUCGGCCAAGAAGUGCCACACUUGCGGCAAGGCGUACGUGUCCAUGCCGGCCCUGGCCAUGCACGUGCUGACGCACAAGCUCUCGCACAGCUGCGGCGUCUGCGGCAAGCUCUUCUCGCGCCCCUGGCUGCUCCAAGGCCAUCUGCGCUCCCACACCGGCGAGAAGCCGUACGGCUGUGCGCACUGCGGCAAGGCCUUCGCGGAUCGCUCCAACCUCCGCGCCCACAUGCAGACGCACUCCGUCGACAAGAACUUCGAGUGCAAGCGCUGCCACAAGACGUUUGCGCUCAAGUCGUACCUCAACAAGCACCUGGAGUCGGCCUGCCUCAAGGACGAGGAGGAGCUGAUGAUGGCCAUGUCGCUGCACGGCCACGGCGGCGACAGCAACAGCGAGAGUGGCGCCAGCAUGGCCUCCUCGCCCCCGCACGAGUUCCUCGAGCGCGUCAAAGUGGAGUGCCCCAAUGGCGGGGCAGGAUCGGGACUGGGUGGCAACACCUAUGCCAUGUAAUGCGGGAAUGUAAUGUUGAGUAAGUUGCAGUAAUGGCUGCAGGAUGGCAGUGCUGCAGGAUUGCAGGACUGCAGGGCUGCAGGACUGCAGGGCUGCAGUGCUGGUUAGUUAAUUUACCGUUAAUGUUAAAGUUACCGUUACCAUUUACAACUAGGCUAACCGAUAGCAGUUUUUUUUAUAGAAUACGAAUACGAUGCAUACAUCACAAUACGUCCAAAAGCAAAGUGUAGUAGAGUAACACAGAGACUGUA